AUGACUACUAUGAACGCUGUAGUUGAGGCAGUGCGUGAGGCUGCAGUAGCAGUGGCUAGGGCUGUUGACCAUCUUGGAGUGAAAAAUGGGAAGGAAAAUGAGCAUGGGGAAGAUAGUGGGAAUAAUGAGAAUAACUUGGGGCAUCUUGAAAGACCUAUGACCCUUGCGACCUUUCUAAAGGUUAACCCACCUAAGUUUAAAGGUACACUCGUUGCGACCGAUGCUGACAACUGGUUUCGAGGUAUCGAACGGUCACUGCGAGCGCAGCAUGUUCCUGAAGGCCAACACAUGGAGUUCGCUACUUAUAUGCUGGAAGGAGAAGUAAAGCAUUGGUGGCAGGGGAUACAGCGACUACUACAACAGAAUGAAAAUGACAUUCCUUGGGAUACCUUUAGGGACGAAUUUUAUAAAAAGUAUUUUCUGGGAGUAGCACGUGAUGCUAAGGAGAUGGAGCUUAUGCAGCUGAAACAAGGGGAUAUGGCUAUUGCUGAGUAUGCCCGUAAGUUCGAUGACUUGUGUCAUUUCUCCAAGAUUUGUCAAGGGAACCCAGCAGACUUUGAGGAAUGGAAGUGCUUGAAGUUUGAAGGAGGCCUUCGUGACGAUCUGAUGAGUUCAAUAGUUCCACUGGAGAUAUGUAAUUUUGCCGAGUUAGUCAACAAGAGCAAGUCAGUGGAAGAAUGUAUUAAGAAAGUGAUUGUGGCCAAUGUGAGUCACCAAGGAUUUCCACCAAGGCGUCUUAGCAAACAUCAGGUAGCUGGGAGAAUGGUGCAUUUUAAAGCACGUGGCAUACGACAGCAUAAGAACCUACAAGUUGGUAACAUUACUACUCGCCAUACGGAACUUGGACAUAUUGCCAAGGAUUGUCCGAAGGGAUUUACUCAAAAUCCAGUCAAAACCCAACAACAAGGACGAGUGUUUGCUAUCACUAUUGAUGAUGUUGUGCAAUCGGACGCCCUCAUUCAAGGUGAAGGUGGAAUAUCAAAAGCUGUUAGGAACCUUGCAACCCUUGGAAAUACCAUAAUAGAAGUGGGAGCAGAUCACUAUGGAUUUUAUCACGAGAUUGUCAAGAACCUCAAUAGGACAUGA